CCCUACCUCCAUCUCUCUCCCCCUGUGUCUUCCUUUUAUCCCUCUCUACAUGCUCAACUUAUCGCUGCAUUCUCCGCCGAGCCAACCAACAGACGGUGGUAAAAAAUGUCAACACUCUGUUACCCUUAGUGACAGGUUGAACAGCGUGAGUCUGAGACUGGAGUCCUAACAGCACAGCAAGUCUGUACUAUUAAGCUGCGGGGCGGCCCUCGUGGCCGGGAUGCCACUGUGUGCCGUGCCAGUCCACAGUGGACGGUGAGGGGCAGGAGGAGGGGACUGAGUGCAGGAGGCUGAGAGGAGGCGCCCCACACCAAACCGGAGACAUGAACCUCUGCUGGAACGAGAUCAAACGCAAAUCCCACAACAUCCGGGUGCGGCUAGAGGCCUUCUCCGACAACAGCGGGAAGCUGCAGAUCUCGCUGCAGGAGAUCAUAGAAUGGCUGACAGCCAAGGACGAGGAGCUGUCGGAGCAGCUGCCCAUAGGAGGCGACGUGGGGGCCGUCCAGCACCAGAGAGAGUUCCACCAGGCAUUCAUGGAGGAUGUCAAGUCUCGCGGGCCGUUUAUCUACUCCGUCUUGGAGUCUGCCCAGGCCUUUCUGGCUCAGCACCCCUUCCAGGAGCCAGAGGAGACCCUGACUGAUGGAAAAGAGGUGUCUCCUCGCCGGCGGAUCUUGAAUGUGAGCCGCUCUGUAUGGAAGCAGGCGAACGUGGCCAGUGACCUGUGGGAAAAGCUGACAGCUCGCUGUGUGGACCGCCAUAGACACAUGGAGAGGACAUUGGAGCGUCUUCUUCAGAUCCAAGCGGCGAUGGAGGAGCUGGCGGGAGCCCUGGAGCAGGCGGAGGGGGUCAGAGACGCCUGGGAGCCUGUUGGAGACCUUUUCAUUGACUCUCUGCAGGACCACAUAGAUGCUACCAAGUUAUUUAAGGAGGAGCUGACCCAGGUGAAGGAGGGCAUGAAGCACAUCAAUGAUCUAGCCCACCAGCUGGCGAUCUCUGAUGUCCAUUUGUCGAUGGAGAAUGCCCGCGCCCUGGAGCAUCUCAACAGCAGAUGGAAAGUGCUUCAGGGUUCGAUAGAGGAGCGGCUGAAGCAGCUCCAGGAUGCACACAGAGACUUUGGCCCUGGAUCGCAGCACUUCCUUUCCAGUUCAGUGCAGAUACCGUGGGAGCGUGCCAUCUCCCCGAACAAAGUGCCCUACUACAUCAACCAUCAGGCCCAGACGACGUGCUGGGAUCAUCCAAAGAUGACAGAACUGUACCAAGCGUUGGCGGAUCUGAACAACAUCAAGUUCUCAGCGUACAGAACAGCAAUGAAGCUGCGUCGAGUUCAGAAGGCUCUGCGACUGGAUUUGGUGGCACUGAGCAGCCUUGUGGAGGUGUUUCGGGAGCAGGAUCUACAGCAGGGAGAGCAUGUGAUGGAUGUGGUGGAGGUGAUUCAUGGCCUGACUGCUCUGUACGAGAGGCUGGAGGAGGAGAGGUCCAUCCUGGUCAACAUUCCUCUUUGUGUUGAUAUGUGUCUCAACUGGCUGCUCAACGUCUAUGACAGUGCUCGAAAUGGCAAAAUGCGAGUUCUGAGCUUCAAGAUGGGAUUGGUGAGCCUGUGUAAUGCGGACGUCCAGGAGAAGUACAAAUAUUUAUUCCGUCAAGUGUCUGGUCCUGGAGGUUUGACAGACCAGCGUCACCUCAGCCUGCUGCUUCAUGAAGCCAUCCAGAUUCCCCGCCAGUUGGGUGAAGUCGCUGCUUUCGGUGGAAGCAACGUAGAACCAAGUGUUCGAAGCUGCUUUCGCAUGGCUCCAGGGAAACCUGCCAUUGAGGUAUCUCACUUCCUGGAGUGGAUGAGCCUUGAGCCCCAGUCGAUGGUUUGGCUGCCUGUCCUACACCGCGUGACUGCUGCAGAGUCGACCAAGCACCAGGCCAAGUGCUACGUCUGCAAACAAUGUCCCAUCAAGGGCUUCAGGUAUCGCAGUUUGAAGCAGUUCAAUGUGGACAUCUGCCAGACAUGUUUUCUAACCGGCCGCACAACCAAGGGAAAGAAGCUGCACUACCCCAUCAUGGAGUACUACACCCCAACAACCUCGGGAGAGAAGAUGAGGGACUUCGCCAAGACUCUGAAGAAUAAGUUCAGGUCAAAGCAGUACUUCACCAAGCACCCGCAGAGAGGUUACCUGCCAGUGCAAUCAGUGCUGGAAGCUGAGAGCUCAGAGACACCCUGCUCCUCACCCAAGCUGCCCCAUGCAGACACACACAGCAGGAUUGAACAUUAUGCCAGCAGAUUGGCAGAAAUGGAAAGCCAGAAUUGUUCAUUCUUCACGGACAGCCUGUCUCCAGAUGAAAGCCUGGAUGAAGAUCAGUACCUCCUGCGUCACUCCAGCCCAGCCUUGGACCAUGACUCACCCUGCGGACAGCACAUGCUGCUGGCUCACCUGGAGCACCAGGACAAGGAGCAGCUCCAACGCACCCUGGCCCGCCUGGAGAACGAGAACAGGGUGCUGCAGGGCGAGUACAGGCGGCUCAAGUGGAAACACGAAGAGGCGGCGUCGGUUCCAAUGCUGACCGAGGCGGGAGAGGGCGGGCCGGGAUCGCCCACGGCGGGAGGGCCACAGGAUGAGGAGCUGUUGGCCGAGGCUCGGGUCCUAAGGCAGCACAAGACCCGCCUUGAGACCCGUAUGCAGAUCCUGGAGGACCACAACAAACAGCUAGAGUCCCAGCUGCGCAGGCUCAGGGAGCUGCUGCUACAGCCCAAAGAUGAUUCAGAAGCCAACGGAUCAGAACCGUCAACUCUGUCUUCUCCUGUGUCUGGAGUCGGUCACCACGGGGAACCGGCCAGCAGAGAGACUACUGACACCGAAGCAGCAGGAGAUGAUGUGGAGCAUGAGCAGGACACGGUGCUGCAGCUCCAGGAGGUUAUCGAGCAGCUGAGAAACGUCUUCCCUUCAGAACCUGGCACCACCUCACACAUCUAACCCUGCGUGGGCCUGGAGGAGCAGACUGCAAGCCUGAAAGGAUGCCUGAUGGCAGAGGGAGGAGCUCCAUACGGCUGAGGUCAGGCCACAAUACACCCGGCCCUGCGACCACCGCAGCAUCUAUGACACUCAGAGCUAACCCUCUACUGGAACUCUGUGCACUAAAAGCCUUUUUCACGCAAACUGCUAAAAGGCUCACGCUGAUGUCCUUUUGGCCAGGCUGUGCUUCAUAACUUCAGUAGCGCAGCCUGACACCAUGUUAACGAGCCAAAGGAAACUAAUGUUAGCAGCAGGUCAGGGAGAGACUAAAGCAAAGGAAAAUGCCCAGCCAACACACUGUGCUUACCAGUAUCUGUGUAGUCAUUCGGAGGUGUGAAGCUUUAUAUCAGUCAACAGCACAAAUUGGACCUUCCAUGAAAGGAACUUUAAAAAAAACAAAAGAAAAAUGCAAAAGGAAAUAGGAAGGAUAUCCCCCUUGUUUUGUCAAAAUGCCUGUGUCUUCAGUAUUUGUGUUUUGUUUUUGUUUUUUUCUCCUUGAAUGUGUUAUCAUGGUUGUUAUUUUUGAAUUGUGAAGGGAGAUGGUGAGUUGCAGCUCGCUGGUGUAAACUAGAUCGGGGCUGGGCUGACUGCAUUUCAUGUGGCUGCGUGGUGCAGAUUGUCAAGGAGUUGACAGCACCCACAACAAGCUUAUUUACUUUGUGAGAAUGACACAUCAUCAGUUAAAUCCAUGAUUUAUUUAAGACAGCCAAAGUGCCCGCUAGCACAGCGCCUCUGUAUGCACACACUGUGUUCCUCUAAUCCUCUCAAGCUGCUUGUCGCUCUCAUUGCUCGCCUCUCCUAAGUGAGCCCUUUACGCUCAUACAGACCUAACUGCACUCAUUAUACGUGCACACACACGUAUGCUGCUACAUACAUACUCCCUAUUCACUCCCUUCCUGCAUUAUCCACAAACAACAAACGUCUCCCUGCGUGAUCAACAACAUCACUAAAAAUACACGCUACACACACUGAUAAAAAAUGGAGAAGGAUUUCGUCUCUCCCAUUCGCUGGAUCCCGAAGAGUUUCUCAGUUUUGAGCCAAUUUGUGUUGUGAGUGGAACUGAGGUUUGUUGAGGAACUGUCUGCUGAUAAAUAUGAGCAAACAGGCCUCCUCUCUGGGAUCUCAGCGUUCUCCUGCUGUGUGCCGUGAAAGAGAAAGACGGAGCUCCAGGCUGAAGCUCCCUUUCUCUCUGCUAGUCCAAUUCCCGAUGCUACAGGGAGGGUACGAGGCACAUCAACAUGACGCAGUCCUGCACCGACUUCAUCCUCAAUAAUCCCUUCAUUCCAUGUAGGUUUGAAAAGAACAGUAGCUAUUGACUCUACAUGUGUCAUUUUCCCCUCGCUAAUGCAUACUUAAUUGCUUUGAGAUUUACAUAAGGAGGCGUCGUUGAAAUGGCUUUGCCCUCAUCAUUUCAGGGUCAUGGGGUGCAUUCUGUUCUCAUCAUAGCACAGUCAAUUAAUGCCUUAAAACCAGACGGAAUCCAUAUAAGACAAGAGUAUGUCUGACUGGAUUAUUGUUUUUUUUUUUGUUUUUCAUGACAUUUUACAUUCAGGUAAGGAGGUUGCGUCUGUUGUUUGUGUAUCAGUAUGUCAGUCUGUGGAUGGGCCUGUGGUCAAUUGGAAGUGACAGAAAGAAUGGAAAAGUGUGGAUCACAACAUGUGAACAUCCUGAGGUUGAAACCCGUUAAGUAAGGCUUUUAUGAGUGAACCCAUGAUGCAGGGGAUGCUUGGAGGGACUAAAGAUCUGAGAAACAAGAGAGGCAAGGUAGAAAAAAAAAAGCCCAAUCCAUUCAUUGCUUGAGGGCUCGUGGGAGAGAUCCACUUUGAUGUGCCUGCCACAGCAAAAUCUCCAGAAGCAGGACGAGAGUUUGCCUGAAACAAUGAAGCUCUGGCUCUGUGUGUUUCUCUGCAAUCUUACCACCUAAUUCUGACUGAAAGAAAGAGAUAUACACACAACCCUUAAAAAGGCACCCUGACCUCUCAUACACGAGACUGAAACCCAUGCGCUGCAUUCAUUAUGGGCUCCCCCUCCAGGCACAUCGCACUCACAUUUGACACCGUUCUCCUCAGCACUCGCUGCCUGUUAGUUUUGAUACUGUUGCUAGGGAACUGUCCCCAAGGACGCAGCUCCGCAGGUUUGUGAGUUGUAAAGGUGAUGUGCCGUUCAUAAUACAAAUGCUAAUAGCCUUAAGGGAAGCAAGAGAGAGCGCCUUGUUUUCCCAAACACAGCUCUGCUUUUCUUCACUUCCACCUCCACUGAAGCCUGCCACUGCUGAGCUGCUGAAGAUAGUCAUUAUUAUUAUUAUGAUGAUUUGUUGAAUCCAUCUCCGCAUCAGCACCGCUUAAAGAUUUGUUUUGUUAAAACUCUCACAAGUCAGAACAAAGAGCAGCUGCUCAGCUCAUGGGAGGCAGAAGAAGAAAAAAAAGCACUGACAAGUGAUGUUUAUUCAUAGACAUUUAUCUAUUGGUAUUUACACAUCUCAUUACACAUUGAUGAUUACCCAUCACCCUCAGUAUCUCUGUACUUGUUGUAUGUGGGUACGCAAAAUGAUGUAAUUUCACAAGUUGUGGAAAAGAAGGAGGAGGAGGCUUUCCCCACAGGGCUGCAUGUCAACAUUUGUCAUGUUUAUUUGAAGAGCAUAUAGAGGUGGCAGAAUGACAUGAAUACACAAGGUGGUUGUGUGACAGACUUGCAUUGCUAUUCACAGUUUGUCCUCUCUGCCGCUGUUUGACACCGCCACCUAAAUGGAUGGUGGUCCCGCUGCAGGGGAGUCACGCAGCGAGUCUCAUCUCUGUGCGAUCAUCUGAGGUCUGAUCCGUGUACAUCUUUCUAUGCUGCUGGUGGCUCCAUAUAUUACCCUCUACACACUCUAACACACACUCUGCUCCCCGUGGCAUGACUGAAGCUGUGUGAUUUGAAGAAAAAGGUUUUGUCCACGGAGGCAAGGGUCACCCCAGAGAACACUGCUAUCACCGCCCAGACCUUGGCCGACACACUAACGACCCCGAUCAUUUCUCCCCCGCCCCUUCAUCUGACCCUCCUCUCAGCCAUCUACAUGUAACAAAGACACACGUAUGUCACACGACACAUAACAGAACAAUGAACCACCUCACCUCAAGCAAGGUGUUGAUAGCACUAACACACAUAUAUAAAUAUAUAUAUAAACACUCAUACCUUACUGGUCAACUAAGGUUUCUCUUUUAUUGUUUUUUGUUUGUUUGUUUUAAAUCACCAUUAAUACCUCAUUAAUCAUUCAAAUUUUUUUUAUGGUUUAACGGUUUUGAUUUUCUGUUAUCUUGUCCAGAACUCAAACACUUCUUUCUGUCUUUUCUCUGGAGUUUUUAAUCUGUAUAAAAAGUUUUCUGAAGAAAGGCUUUUUACUGUAAUAACAAGUGGGUUACUGGCUGCUUUCUACUGUUUAUGUACAGAAAUAAAAACUUUGUAUUUGGCAAA